GACACAUAAAUCAAGUAAUCACAUCACAAUUCCCCAAAUCCAUCUUCCCGCCAAUUACAUCUAUCCCGCCGCAACACCAUUUCUGAGUGGAUGUUGGCAUUGCAUUUCAAAUCGUGUUUCUCUCUUCCGUUCACUACUCGCAUUUCCGUCAAAUCUUCUUCUUCACUCUUCCCUUUCAUUCUCUCACUCCCUCUCUCCUCCAUUCCUCGCCGUGCAAUGUCGUCAAAACCACCACCCUCCGCCUUCGACAAACUCAUGUCCGGCGCACGCGCCGCCGCCAAGAAAAAACCCUCUCCACCUUCCUCAUCUCCUAAGAAACGAAAAUCCCCUACUCCUCCAUCGCCACUCAAAACCCCAGAUACCGUUCAAAACCCUAAUAACAACCUCAAAACCCUAGAAACCGUUCAAAAACCCGAAGAAACUGUUCAUGAAGAACCGCCGAGCAAGAUCCGAAACACAUCAUCAUCUUCGAAGGGAAUAGUCGCUGAAUUGAAGGAAAAGGUUCCGCAGCUGAAGAAGAAACCGGCGAGUUUCGAUCCGAGUUCGGUUGUUUGCUGGGAGAAAGACAAACCUGUUCCGUUUUUGUUUCUCUGUUUGGCGUUUGAUAUGAUUAACGAAGAGAGUGGGAGGAUUGUGAUCACUGACAUUGUGUGUAAUUUGUUGAGAACUGUGAUACAUGCUACACCGGAAGAUCUUGUGCCUGUUGUUUAUUUAUCAGCGAAUAGAAUUGCGCCGGCGCAUGAAGGGUUGGAAUUGGGAAUUGGUGAUGCUUCGAUUAUUAAGGCGCUUGCCGAGGCGUGUGGAAGGACUGAGCAACAGAUUAAGAUUCAGUAUAAGGAAAAAGGUGACUUAGGUUUAGUUGCAAAAGCUAGCCGUUCUUCCCAGUCUAUGAUGCGGAAGCCUGAUGCUUUGACUAUUAGGAAGGUUUUCAAAACAUUUCAUCUUAUUGCAAAGGAAUCUGGAAAAGACAGUCAAGAGAAGAAAAAGAACCACAUAAAGUCACUUCUUGUUGCUGCAACUGACUGUGAACCUCUCUAUAUAAUCCGUUUGCUACAGACAAAAUUGCGAAUUGGAUAUGCUGAGCAAACUCUCUUAACUGCCUUAGGCCAAGCUGCUGUGUACACUGAAGAACAUUCUAAACCACCUCCUGAAAUUCAGUCUCCUUUUGAAGAGGCUGCUAAAAUUGUUAAAAAAGUAUAUUCUGUUCUUCCUGAUUAUGACAAGAUUGUGUCUGCACUCCUUAAGGAUGGUGUAUGGGAACUUCCAAAGAAGUGUGAUUUUACUCCUGGUGUUCCAGUUGGGCCUAUGCUGUCAAAAGCAACCAAGGGUGUAUCUGAAAUUCUAAAUAAGUUUCAGGAUGUAGAGUUUACGUGUGAAUACAAAUACGAUGGAGAGCGUGCUCAGAUACAUUUCUUGGAGAAUGGCUCGGUAGAGAUUUACAGUAGAAAUGCUGAACGGAACACUGGGAAGUUUCCUGAUGUUGUUACUGCAGUUUCAAGGUUAAAGAAAACAUCUGUAACAUCAUUUAUCCUUGAUUGUGAACUUGUUGCAUAUGAUCGUACAAAACAGAGAAUCCUUCCUUUCCAGGUGCUUAGUACCCGUGCCCGCAAAAAUGUAGCUUUGAGUGACAUAAAGGUUGAUGUUUGUGUCUUUGCUUUUGAUUUGUUGUACCUUAAUGGCCAAGCACUUCUUCAGGAAAACUUGAAAAUCCGUAGAGAGCAUCUCUAUACCUCUUUCGACGAAGAAUCUGGAUUCUUUCAGUUUGCAACAUCAACAACAUCAAAUGAUGUUGAGGAGAUUCAGAAAUUUCUUGACAAAGCCAUUGAUGCAAGCUGUGAGGGAUUAAUUAUUAAAACAUUACAUGAAGACGCCACAUAUGAACCCUCCAAGCGGUCACUCAACUGGCUGAAACUGAAGAAAGAUUAUAUGGAAAAUAUAGGGGACUCACUAGAUUUGGUACCUAUUGGUGCUUUCCAUGGUCGUGGGAAACGUACAGGAGUGUAUGGUGCUUUUCUCCUUGCUUGCUAUGACAACGAUAAUGAGGAGUUUCAAAGCAUUUGUAAGAUAGGAACUGGAUUCAAAGAAGAAGUGCUUGAAGAACGUUCUACUAGCCUUCGCUCUAAAGUGAUUCCCAAACCAAAGGCAUACUAUAAAUGUGGAGAAUCAAUCAAUCCUGAUGUAUGGUUUGACGCAAGUGAGGUGUGGGAGGUGAAAGCUGCAGACCUGACCAUUAGCCCCGUUUACCGAGCUGCAGUGGGCAUAGUAGAUUCCAAUAAGGGCAUAUCUCUUAGAUUUCCGCGUCUAGUUCGAGUACGGCCUGACAAAGCACCCGAGCAGGCCUCCUCGUCUGAGCAGGUUGCUGAAAUGUAUAAUGCUCAAAAACACAAUCACAAUGACAAACAGGAUGACAAUGAAGACGAUUGAGGGAAAGAGUUUUCUUGCUUUUUUCAUGCUGUUAAACUAUGGAAUCGGAGCAUUAUUCUGAUAAUCCCAUGUGAGUAAAUGUUAAGAUGCAAAUCCUUUACCUUCGAGCUAGGUCAGAGUACAUUACUUCUUAUCCAACAUGAUUAGGAAUUUGGCAUACACCAUAGUGUAAUUAAGCUCAUGGAGACUCCAAACAAUAUGUAUUCGCACAUCAAGCAUGUCAUUUGGAAUUUGGGUAUUUUUUCAGAAGGGACCCAAUGUGCCUGGUACUGCUUGUGUAGGUAUUAUAGAGUGUUUGGAUGCACAUUAUCUUUUAUUUUCUCGCAACCCGAUAAUGUUUCAACGUAGGUUUACUAAAGCUACAAUUCCUAGAGUUAGCGAACUGUGCGACAGUACAGUGUUUUCUCAUUUUUCCAAAUUGUUCCUUUAUCAUGAUACUGCACUUAAGGGUGCUAGUGAUGACAAUACCACUUACAUUUUGUCCAUGCUCAUAGCAUCUCAAUAUGUAGGUCAUUUAUCAUGAUCCUACCUUUGUUAUUUUUUUCUUA